AUGCAGCAACACGCUGGUAUUUGCGCUUCAACUGGAACAGAGCAACAAUCAACUGGAACCAAUCAUGAUGUAGCUCAGUCGACUUCCAAACAGUCAGAUGAUGAUAUAUUUGGCAACACACUAUACGACGACGUCUGUCAUCUUCCUAAAAAAUAUAUCCCAGAGAAUGAACGGCCCAUUCUCACACCUCAGCAAAAACUGGAUAGAGUCGAAAAAAUAAUGAAGAAUAUGGGUAUGGAAAUUCCAACUGAUGUUGGAGACGGAUAUCCGCACAAGAUGAGCACCAAGGCAAAGGAAAGAAUACUAGAAACUAAACGAAGAGGGUAUGGGCGUAGAAUGAGCUCAUCUGAUAAAAAGAAAUUCAGGAAACUGAGACUAGGAAGAUUAUGGGUGUGUCGCAAGUUGGCUCUUGAACCUCCUGAAGAAACAUCAAUCAGAGUUGUAUCUGAACCUACUCCAGAAUUAAAAUCCAUCUUGAAACCCGGAUCUACUUUUAAACCCCACGGCUCAAAACACGAUCAUUCUAAAAAACAUCAUCAGAAAUCAAGUCACGAUGCUGGUUCAAGGGAAGCUAAAGUGCACUUUGUACCAACGACUAAAAUUGCUAGAUAUUCAAGUGAAUCUAGUGUACUGCAAGAAUAUGAUAUUCAACUUCCUUCAUCACGUUCAAAGUUUAAUAGAUUCAAACGACAGAUGCUGAGAUUCAUUGGAUAUAGAAGGCAUACUUGA